AUGGAUGGAUUGGGGCUUAUGGUCAGACCUGUUCUCCCCUCCCUUGUUUCAGGAGGGCCGGGUAAAGGUGGCGGAGAAGACCCCGCCAAGUCCACCGAGCAGGAGGACCGGACUCGACCUCAGAUCCUGUCGGGAUCGGGCUUCUGCAAAUGGUUCAACGUCCGGAUGGGCUUCGGAUUUAUCUCAAUGACCAGCAGCGAAGGGAGCCCCGUCGACCCCCCUCUGGAUGUUUUCGUCCACCAAAGCAAACUGGUGAUGGAGGGCUUCCGCAGCUUAAAGGAGGGUGAGCAGGUGGAGUUCACCUAUAAGAAGUCCUCUAAGGGCUUGGAGUCCCUGCGGGUGACCGGACCUGGUGGGGGACCCUGUGCAGGCAGCGAGAGGAGACCCAAAGGGAAGGUCCCACUCCAGAAACGCAAACCAAAGGGAGACCGCUGUUAUAACUGUGGAGGUCUGGACCACCAUGCCAAGGAGUGUGGCCUGCCCCCCCAGCCAAAGAAAUGCCACUACUGCCAGAGCAUCACGCACAUGGUGGCUCAGUGUCCCCACAAGGCGCUGGCGCCCGCCACAGGCUCUCAGGACCAACAUGCGUCUACCUCGGCCUUCAGCCCAGGGACCGGGCCCUACCUCUGCCCCCCAGAGGAGGAGGAGCGCUCCGGCUCGUCUCCCCUGGAGGGUUCCUCCUCCUCCCCCGAGGAGCCCCACACACGCGGCCCCCGGACCCAGAGGUGGAGGAAAUCCUGA